AAGUCUCCCUCCCUCCAUUAAUCCAAAACCCCUUCCACCCCAUUAAUACCAGACCAAAAAAAAAAAAACAAACUUUCUCCGAACAAAAAAAAAAACAGAUUUUUAUUAGGGUUCUUUCAGAAAAAAAAACCCAGAAUUUUUUACAUUUUCAUUCUUUCCAUUUACGAGAAAAAAAACUCCAAAUUUAUAUAAAUUUAUUUACUUCUACAUAUAAAAAUUGAUUCUGCUUCCCUGAUUCCGUCUCUCUGUUUCUGAGUCCGUCGCCAGAAAGUUUGAUGCUUUACGCAGAGGAUCAUCAUGUAUCGCAAUAACCAAGCUCUCUAGGGCUUAAAGUCUCCCUCUUUUGUUGUGAGAACCGAAUCUUCCGAUUAAGAUGGAAUCAGGAACAGAGUCCUCUCCUCCGUCGAGAGAUCCAAUCCAAUGCUGCGACUGUGGAUGCCACCACUCCUCCUCUCCACGUCCCUCGAACCGUUCCGUGAAACGUAGACUCGACGAAGCCGACGAGCUCCUCGUCGACGGCGGUGGUUCAUCCAACAACCCCAAAGUCCACAUCGAGAACGAAUGCGAGCUGCUCCGAGAAACCGUCGCCAGCCAGCAGCAGUCGAUCCAGGAGCUCUACGACGAGCUGGAGAAAGAGAGGAACGCGGCGGCCUCGGCGGCGGACGAGUCGAUGAACGUGAUGCAGAGGCUGCAGAACGAGAAGGCCGAGCUUCAGAUGGAGCUCAGGCAGUACAAGCUCUACGCUGGGGAGAAGAUGGAGCAUGAUUUGCAGGAGAUGUUGGCCUUGGAGGAUGUGUUGAACCAGAGGGAGCAGACUAUUAUGGCUUUGACCUGUGAGGCUCAGGCUUAUAAGCAUAGGAUGAUGAGUUAUGGUCUAACGGAGGCUGAAGCUGAAGGUGGGGAGGAGAAGAGCUUGAUGAGUAGUGAAUAUGAUGAUCUCCCUGUGUAUGACUAUCCUCCUUUGAAGUGUAAUGUGGUUGAGAAUCAUGAUAUCUAUGUUGCUGAUGAUGGGAACUACCCGCCUGCUGAUUCGCCUUUAAAGACUUUGGAUCAGAGGAUCAGCGAGAUGGAGACGAAUCCUAGCUUUACUGAGCUGGAUGGUGGUUUCUCCGGUGUGAAAGAGAAGAUGGUUGUGGUUGGUCAGAGUCCAAGGCCACAACGACAUUUCAGGAGGAUGUCUACUAAAGAAGUUAGGACUGAUGCUUAUGUUGAGUCUCCUAGGAAAGUGGCUAAUGAUGAUUCGUCUGAUAUAGGAGAUGAUGACAUGAGUGAUAGAGUCUACACCAUUGAUUCUGUACAUCAUAGUGGUGGAACCGAGCAGAAGAAGCUUGAGGCGGAGACUUCAGAUGGGAAUGUGGUUUUCCCGAGAGAAGAAGAGAUGGAGGAUCUUGGUGGUGAUCCUGAUAUAACGAAACUCUACAUGAGGCUUCAAGCGCUGGAAGCUGACAGGGAAUCGAUGAAGCAGGCGCUUGUUUCUAUGAGGACCGAGAAGGCUCAGAUGGUGCUGUUGAAAGAGAUUGCUCAGCAUUUGUCAAAGGAAGUUGUCCCUCAAAGGAGGUUGCCUCUACGGAAAGCAUCCGCUGAUGGGCCAUUGCCUUUCACGCCAGUCUUUAAGUGGAUCACAUCUUUUGUUUCCUGGAGAAGAAAGGCUCGUCGAAGCAAGUACAUGUAUGGGAUGUCAGCAAACAACAUGGGACUGCAAAUGCUACUAGAGAAGGUCCCUAGAUCAAGGAAAUGGCGAUGCCUCAGGAGCACGCAAGUAUGAAACAGAUCCAGUCCUCUACAAAGCCAAGAUCAUUAAUCUCCUGACACUCUAGAUUUCCAAAACCACAUAAGUAUCAGUUACUGAUGAAUUACAUUUCGUGAAGUGUGUUGUGUUUUUCUCCAACUCGAAUUGGGGUUCCUGUUCUUGGGUUGCUGAGAAAAAUGUUUGUCCUAUGCGGUUUUUUAUUCAUUCUGUUUUCCCUCCAAUGUUUUAAUUGUUUGUAUAAAAAAUAAUGGGGUUGCAGAAUGAUUUAUAACUCAGAGGCUAUUCAAUAUUUGUUGUAUGAUUUAUAACUCAGAGAGGCUAUACAAUCUUUGCAUGGUUUCUAACA